GGACCGCGGAUUGCGAGCACUCUCACUUGUGACCUCGGCAGCAUUCACCACCACUCUUGUCGUUGACACUCAUAUGUCAUUCAACACAGCAUCACACCGCUCGUUGGCAACAAUUUGAAUCCUUGCCGGCUCGUUGUCAUCAGAAGCGCCGAGAAUUAAGACUACGUUUGACGUGCGAUCGCUUUUGCUGAGCCCAGCAGGUUGACCCGGCAGGCCUACCCAGGUGCGGUCGCGAUAUCAAAGACGGACCCCUUCACAAGAAUCUUAAGUGCACUACCUGUCAAAGAUGGCAUUCAGCAAGAAAGAACGCACCGGCGAGAAUGCCAAGCCGCUCGGUAGCGCACGACGUUGGGGAGCGCCUGCCACAGGGACUGACGAUAGGAGCGGGACUGGCAGCGCCGUAACAAAUGGCGCUGAGCGCCCCAGUUGGGGUGUGCAAGAAUUAGCCUCGUCAAGUUCUCCGAAGAAAUCGGAGUACACAGAUUCCCAUACCAGCGGCCCAAAUGGAGCAACCGCACCAGGCUGGGAUGAUGAUAGCGUUGUGCAUCACAUUGGCGAAACUUCGCAUUAUGGAGGGUCGGGCUUGUCAUCAAAAUCGAGCAACAGCCGGGCUAUCCAAAGGGAAGACUGGUCCAGGCUUGAUUACGGGGACACUGUUUACUCUCGCGGAAACGAGUCGAGGUGGUCCAAUUCGCUCUCCCGGGAGCCCUGUUACCGAAAUCAGAAAGGGCGUACGGGAGAAAAUGUAACUGCUCUGGGUGUCCACGGGUGCUGGGGUGGCAAUGUGGAGGGGCAGCAAAGGGUUGCUGACACGGAUGAGGAUGCAGGUCAAGAAAACCCUCAGGAGGUCGGUCCCAUUUCAACUCAGAGAGACGGCGCAGAAACUUCAACUCAGAUUAUGCCCGCACAGCAUCCAAUUCAGAGCAUACAUGCGCCCAGCCAUCCCAACGGCACUGCGAAGAAACAGGAGAGACAAGCCGCCAUGCCCAGUGCAAAAGCUAUCGCUAUCACCGGUAAGUGCAACUAUAGCUGUGCACACCUCCAUGUGUCUCGAGUGCUCAAUCGCAAACUUGAAUCCUUUCAUCCAUAGCCGCGGCACCCGAAUCGCAGAGAUACCCACAAUUGACAUCGCAAAUACCACACGAGCCGCCAAUAGCCCCACAGC